UUCUUUCUUUCUUUCUAAUCUAAAACACACAGACGCAGAGAGUGAGCCACAGAGAAUUUGAGCGAUGGAGGAGAAGCUGAUACAGAGGCUUGAAUCGGCGGUGACGCGCCUGGAGGCGCUGUCGAUGUCCGGGGGCUCUGCUGCGGCGGCGGCGGCGAGUGGGGACGACGCGCCGCUGGAUCCGUCGGUUUUGGCGUUCGAGGAUCUGAUUGGGCAGUACGUGGGUAGGAUUUCGGCCGCUGCGGAGAAGAUUGGGGGACAGGUGUUGGAUAUCACCAAGAUUGUGGAGGAGGCUUUUGCUGCACAGAAGGACCUGAUUAUCAAGGUCAAGCAACACAAGAAACCUGACAAUGCAGGGUUGGCUGAAUUUCUGAAGCCACUCAACGAGGUCAUUACAAAGGCAAAUAAAUUGACAGAAGGAAGGCGAUCUGAUUUUUUCAAUCACUUGAAGAGUGCUGCUGACAGUCUCUCAGCUUUAGCAUGGAUUGCCUAUACAGGGAAAGAAUGUGGUAUGAGCAUGCCUAUUGCACAUGUCGAAGAAAGUUGGCAGAUGGCUGAAUUUUACAACAACAAGAUUCUUGUCGAGUAUAAAACCAAAGACCCAAAUCAUGUAGAGUGGGCCAAAGCUAUGAAGGAACUAUAUAUGCCUGGUUUGAGAGAAUAUGUUAAGAGUUUCUAUCCGUUGGGCCCAGCAGAAUUGCAACUGUCAAAUACAAUUUCAUGGUUUGGCUUAUGCAUCGACAAUGUGAUCACAUGUUACACUACUGUCCACAAUAAAUGUUGCCUUUACUAAACUCUCGCCCAGAUCACGAAAGUAAGGGCACAUCACUCAUAUUAUCCCAUAAAGU